AUGGUUAAAUUUCUAACUUGUAGUCCUGAAAACGAUCCUUCUGACGGACCUGAAGCUUCCAAGGAUGCAGCCAGUCCAACUUGUGAUUCCGUUGCGUCGCAUUUGAUGACCGAUCCUCUCGAAGGAGAGCCUGGGACUGAGGAUGACGUCGUUGAUAAGGUAUUCCGGUGAACAGAAUUAUGUCCAGGUUGUUGUGGAUCACCUUUGAGCUGGUUCAAAUUUUGACGAGAGUUGAUGAGGGUUUGUGGUCAUUUGACCAGUAACAUCUGAACAAAUCUCAUCAACUCUCAUGCAACUCUUGUUUGUCCAGGGAAUUAAGCUCCGGCCAUCAACUCUCAUGCAACUCUUGUUUAUACAGGAAUUAAGCUCCGGCCAUCAAUUCUCAUUGACUUUGAACUGGUUCAAAUUUUAGUGAGAAUUGAAUCAGUUAAUAAGAGUUUUCGCUAUCGCGCGGUAAUAUUCAGUCAACUUUCAUCAACUCUCAUGCGACUCUUGUUCUCGUUUGACCGAGGCAAGAGAGUUAAGAAAACUCUCAUGGAAAGUCUCGCUUGUCAACUUUCAUCAACUCUCAUGCAACUCUUGUUCUCGUUUGACCGAGGCAUGAGAGUUGAGAAAGCUCUCGUGAUGUUAACUCUCGCUUGUCAACUCUCAUUCCCGUUUGACCAGGGCUUUAGUCAUUUUCAGGUGCUUCAGACACCAACCACAGCAGUUUAGCUUUAGAGCUAAACUCCACUUGUCAUUGGCGUGCACUUGUCAUUCACGUUGACCUCUGUUUGCAAUUUCCCCCAACAGGAAAGUCGUGCAAGCAGCAUUACGACAGAGGAAGACAGUCCACUAGAACAUGGCACAUCAACUGAAACCAUCGACCAGGAAGAAUCUGUAGAAACCAACCACGCCGAUAUAGCUUCGUCUGAAUCUUCAGUAACGCAGGAGGAAUAUGUGAGCACUAAGGGUGUCAGGUUUACACCACCUGAGGCUCAUAAAGAAG